AUGUCGACCGCCAAACUUCCACGCGGCGAGUUCCGCAAUCCCCACCCAGACCCCAACACUCCGGCUGCGGGCAAGGUCGUCGAGGCUCUCCUCUCCACCGUGCAAGACGCGCACCGCCGCUUCGCCGACCCUACCCCGGACGACUAUGCUCUGGCUCGCCUCAGCCUCGACGAGCUCCAGACGCGCCUCAUCGAACGAACGCUGACCAUGCCACAUCUCGUAGAAGCACGCAUACGCUUGACCGUCCGUGCGAGUCUCGCAACGCACUGCCUUACCGCCUUCCCCUAUACCGACGCGCUCGAGCACGCCCAGCGAUACCAGCAGCUUCUCGACACUUCCUCUACGCCGUCGACGCUGCUGGAGCAGUACCCGCUUUUCGGGCUCGUAUUCAGCGUCAAGGACUGCAUACACGUGCAGGGAUUCGCCACUACGCUCGGCUGCUCCUCGCGCGCCGCACCCGUCGAACCGCACACUGCCGAAAUCGUGCACAAGCUGCGCACGCUCGGAGGCAUCAUGAUCGCCAAGACCACCGCGCCGCAGCUCAUGAUGCACAACACUACCCAUUCCCCGCUGUGGGGCACAACGCGCUCGCCGAUCUCCAGCACGGAGGCUGAGGAGGACGAGUUUCAGGUCGGCGGCAGCUCGGGCGGCGAGGCGUGCAUCGUCAAGAUGGGCGGCAGCCAGCUCGGCGUCGGCACGGAUAUGGGCGGGUCAGUGCGCCAGCCGGCUUGUCUCGCCGAGCUCGUCGGCUUCAAAUUCGUCGCCACCCCAGCCGGGUUUCGCUGGCAUCUGCCGGAGGACUUUAUGACGGGCCUGCCACACACCACCGUCCCCGCCACGGCACCGGGGCUGCUUGCGCGCGACAUGAGCACCGUCCGUCGAGCCGUUGAUGCACUUGAAGGUUCCCAGGCCUCGCCGGCUGCAUGGCCGCGUAUCCUGCACACAUCGCAGUACGGCUCGCCCGAGGUUUCGGCGCUGAUCGCCCAUCUCGUCGGCGCGCUGGGCGACGAGGGCGUGCAGUGCGACGAGCUGGGCGAGGUGGAUGCGCGCGAGUGGGAGACGGCAUGGAUGGAGCAUGCUACGCAGCACGGCUUUGCAGCUGCGCGCCAGAUGCUCGCCACCGACCCGCUCAUCGCACGCACCAUGUUCGACGAGUCCCGCCUGUCCGGCUCGAGCUGGCCACCGCAUCCGACGCGCCUCGCCGAGCUCAAGCAGUCGCUCCACGCGCGUGUGGGCACCGACAUGCUGCUCACCCCGACGUACAUCCUCGGCGGCCCCGUGCGCAGCGCCGCGUUUGCGCAGCUCGACUCGCGCCACGCCGAGGUGUGGUGCCAGAUCAUGAAUCUGCUCGACUGGCCAGCCGUCUCCAUCCCGCUCUCCAACCUGCGCCGCCACACCCGGACCGCACUCAUCCAUCGUGACGACGAAUGGUCCCACUUCAGCCCAGGGAUGCUCGCACCCGAUCCCAUCGAGGGGGGCGAGGCGAGACUGCCGGUCCUCAGCAUCCAGCUCGUCGCCCCACCGGGUCAACACCAAGCGUUGUUGGAUUUCGCUCAGCGCAUUGCACAGAUCGAGCUGUAG